AUGGAAAGGGGAAACUCUGCUCAUAAAAAGGCUCAUGAUGAUCCUACCACUAUUAGCAUGAUCAGUCUACCUCAACCAAAAAUGAGAGUCAAAUUUCCCAAAUUACUGAUGAAAUCCAUGCAGAGAAGAAAUCACAAGUGCACUGAUGAAAGCAAUGUUGAUCAGGAGAAGGCGUCGAAAAACGGAGAUUUUCUUAGUGAGAGAAUAGGUUUUAUCAUUUUGAAUGCUUGUGGCAGCAAAAAGGCUCAAGAAAUGUCUUCAUCAAGUAAUCAACCAGAGGAAACUGACAAUGCAGAUGAUUCAAAUUUCAAGAAUGUUCAAGAUUCAGUGGCAGAACAAGAAAUUACAUUUGAUGAAAUUCUAGAUGCUAAAGAAUCAGCAGGGCUGGAAGACAAAAAUGAUAAGAAACCUGUGAAAAUGCCCACAAAAAUCUCUAAGUUCAUCAGAAAUAGGAUUAGUUUCCCUUUUAGGAAAUUGAAGCUUGAUGAAAAAAUCAAUAGUGGAGCAAGUGAGAAAAAUAGUUCACUGAAUCUUGAUGAAAGAAAGCGCGUAGCGGAGAAACUGAUAAUACGGGAUGGAGAAGAAGAAGAAGAGGAAAGAAGUGAAAUGGAGUUAUGCAAGAAGAGAAUUCUAAUGGGAGAAAAGUGCAGACCACUGAAUCUCUCUGGUGCCCUUCAUUAUGAUACAGAUGGAAUUUUGUUACCUGAAGAAAUCCUAUGA